AAUGUAUAGGGGCUACUAGACGAAACCCAGAACUUGUCUAAAUUUAUUUUCCCCAUUUUUUUUUUUACUCGCUUUGAAGAGGUUCGAGAUUUGUCGGCGUCACUUUGGGAAACUUGUCCCUGGUGCUUCUCCGUACUUAACUAGGACGGGCGACGUCGCUGUUGUCUGGUGUUCCUUCCUUAGCUGUAAGUAUCACUGUCUCGCUGCUGUGGCGUAGGAGGAACACGUACUGCUUCAGCUGGGAGGUGGCCGUCUAACAUAAACACCACUCGCGUAAAACGGCAGCAAAAAAAUGCUUUCAGUCUCUCUGGAUAACAGUGGGUCUCCGAAGAAGCGGACGUUGUCGCGUAGCGAGGAUGAAUCCCUCCGUAGCAUCAUACAGGAGUCUGAGAGCUCAUCCAGGCGUCUGACGCGAAGCGACAGCCGACCAGGGACCUUAAAGAGGAGGCCUGACAGCCAGCAAUCUGACCAGGACCUCUCAAUGGGACUUCCAGAAAUGCUGGAGCUGCAGGCCAGCUACGAGGAGGCGGUGCACGAGUUGCGUGGGUUGGAGGUGGAGCGUGAGGCACUGUUGUUCCAGGUGGACGUCCUGCAGGACACGCUGGAGAGUGUGGAGGAGCUGCUGGCCGAAACACAGAGAGAAGCCGGACAGGCUAAUGCAGAGCUGGCGCAAGAGCGGGAAGCCAAACGGAAAUUGGAGCAUUUGGUCCACUCGCUGAUGCAGGAAGUGGAGAUGUUAAAAGAGGAAAGAAAUAGCCACAUGCAUAUAUUGGAACACACAAAUGAAACUGAAGUCAACACAAGGAGACAAGGAUGUCAAAUGAACGAUCCUGUGCGGUCUACUUUUACCGGAGAAGCCGCUGCGCCGUCGGAGGAUGUGCAUCCAGCUAAGGAAGACGAAGGGAGCGUUGUGACCAAAGUGAAGUGGAUGACCAAUCCCGCUCCCUCCUUCGCAUUGGACGAGCCGCUCCACGGAGACGGCGUGCACCGGAGACCUUACGAUAGCGGCAACGAAGGCGGACGAGACCGGUCCCCGGACAAGAGUGACUCGGACACCGCAAGUACGUACGAAGACGCGUCUGCGGACACUCCCCAGCGGGACGAGCCUUUGGAGUUGCCUCACGAUUCAGCAAGUAAAGACAACACCGAGCCUCAAAACGGCCCCAACUGCUUGUUGUCUUAAUUUAUUUAAGAAAACACCAUGCCCCCCUUUUUCUAAGUUACCAGUUCACAAGCUGAUUUGCCAACCAUAUCUUACGCGUCUUAAACUCUUCUCUUUUAAUACUCGUACAAGAAGUGUUCAUUAGCUGCUUCUUGAACAAGAAAGUUUAUUUGUAUACCGUGAAACCAUCCUGAGCCCCUUAAGUCCACUCUUGUCUGCAAUACGUACUCCUCAAUGUGGCUACUGUUUGGGUUUGCAUUGUUUACAGGAGAUGGAUAGAUGGAUGCUUGUGUUCAGUGAUGGUUAUGUAAACAGAAGGGAACCACUAUUUAUUCACUGCCUGACUUGAGUGACUUUAAAGGAUAGUUGUAUUUUUAUCUCUCAAUCUUGGGGAAAUUGGCUGCAUUUGCACUUUUUUCAGAGUUUGUGCUUUGAAUUCAAACAUUCCCUUUAGAACCAAGCAAAGUCCUCUGUGUCUGCAUGGAAAGACUGCAUGGUUGGACUUUUUUUUUUAACAACUAUUGGGAGCUAUUGAUUGCAUGAACAUGUCAUUUUUAUUUCCACACACCACAUCUUUAUACCGUUUUAUCAUGAACUACAACGAACGUUGAUUCUUUAUCAUUAUUGCAAUUAACAUGUUUAUCACCUUAUGGGUGUUGAACACUUCUCGUGAUUUGCAUAACAUUAUCUGCUGUUUUUUUUCCACUCAAAGCUCUGAUAGCGGUCUGCUACUCCAUCACUGGCAUCAUGUUGCUGUAGAAAUGUAUUUUUAAACGAGUUCAUUUGUAUUACAGAGUUCAUGUUAUAAGGGACUGUGACCGAGAAGGUUUUGCUCUACUCUUGACUUUCAAUAGGACUUUAGUUUUCUCAACAUGUUCACUCAACAGUAAGUAAUCAAAUAUGUGCUUUUUUCCCCAAGGAGAAUGCAAAAAAAUCUAUAUUCUUAUGUGAUUUUUUUUGUAUCUGAGUAAUUUUAAAUUUUGAAGUAAAGGUUAUGUUGUAAUAGAAUGACAAUUGUUCAUACUGAAAGGAAAUUUUGGAAUAAAAGGAUUUAAGAUUG